ACGACGCCGUUGCGUUUGCAGCGAAAGAACAAGGAAGGGAAUAUGUUGAAAUUCUUGAAGGGAGUGGUGGGUGGAUCGGGGACUGGACCCAAAGAUCUGCCCUACAAUAUCGGCGAACCUUACCCCUCUGCUUGGGGCUCUUGGACUCACUUCCGGGGCACCUCCAAGGACGAUGGGUCUCUGGUAUCCGUGUUUUCUAUAUCUGGAAGUAAUGCUCAGGAUGGCCAUUUGGCCGCUGCUCGCAAUGGUGUCAAGCGUCUCCGUACUGUCAGACACCCAAAUAUCUUAUCCUUUCUUCAUAGUACUGAGGCUGAAACUUUGGAUGCUUCUACCACCAAGCAAACUAUCUAUAUUGUUACCGAGCCUGUUAUGCCACUCUCUGAAAAGAUCAAGGAACUCAGUUUACAAGGUAUCCAAAGGGAUGAGUAUUUCGCGUGGGGACUGCACCAGAUUGCUAAAGCUGUCAGCUUUUUAAAUAAUGAUUGUAAACUUGUUCAUGCCAACGUUUGCUUGGCCAGUGUUGUUGUAACUCAAACUUUGGACUGGAAGCUGCAUGCUUUUGAUGUGCUAUCUGAGUUUGAUGGCAGCAAUGAGGCUUCUGCUGGACAAAUGCUGCAAUUCGCCUGGCUUGUUGGACCACAAUACAAACCCAUGGAGUUGUUGAAGUCCGAUUGGGCGGCAAUCAGAAAGUCUCCACCAUGGGCCAUUGAUUCUUGGGGCUUGGGUUGUCUUAUCUAUGAACUCUUCUCUGGUCUGAAGUUAAGCAAAACAGAGGAGCUGCGCAACACUGCUUCUAUUCCAAAGUCUCUGCUUCCAGAUUAUCAGCGGCUCUUGAGCUCCACGCCUUCUCGUAGGCUGAAUACGUCAAAGCUUAUAGAAAAUAGUGAGUAUUUCCAAAAUAAGCUGGUGGAUACGAUACAUUUCAUGGAAAUUCUAAAUCUGAAAGAUAGUGUUGAGAAGGAUACCUUCUUCCGCAAGCUUCCAAAUUUAGCGGAGCAGCUACCUCGCCAAAUUGUGCUGAAAAAGGUGUGAGUUUCGGAGUGUUGUGUUUUUUCGACUUUGAAAUAUAUAAUCGACCUUUUUAGUAUGGGUGCCUGGCUUUCAACCGAAGAAUUCAGUGUGAAGGUGCUGCCAACAAUUGUGAAACUAUUUGCGUCCAAUGACCGAGCUAUUCGAGUUGGUCUCUUGCAACAUGUCGAUCAGUUUGGAGAAUCAUUAACAGCACAAGUUGUUGAUGAGCAAGUUUACCCCCACGUUGCUACUGGGUUCUCUGACACAUCUGCUUUUCUCCGGGAACUGACUCUUAAGUCAAUGCUCGUUCUAGCUCCCAAGCUUUCUCAACGUACCAUUUCAGGGUCUUUGUUGAAGUAUCUUUCAAAGUUACAGGUUGAUGAAGAACCAGCAAUUAGAACAAACACCACUAUAUUGCUGGGGAACAUUGCAACCCACCUGAAUGAUGGGACAAGGAAAAGAGUUUUGAUUAAUGCAUUUACUGUCCGUGCAUUACGUGAUACUUUCUCACCUGCCCGAGGAGCAGGUAUUAUGGCUUUAUGCGCCACCAGUUCUUAUUAUGACAGCACUGAGAUUGCAACUCGGAUUCUCCCAAAUAUUGUUGUUCUUACCAUUGAUCCGGACAAUGAUGUUCGCUCAAAGGCAUUUCAAGCUGUUGAUCAAUUUCUACAGAUAGUGAAGCAAUCCUAUGAAAAGACAAAUUCUGGAGAUACUGCUGGGGCUGCUGGUCUCGGGAUCUCAUCAAUACCAGGAAAUGCUAGUUUACUGGGAUGGGCAAUGAGCUCCUUGACUCUCAAGGGUAAACCUUCUGAACAAGCUCCACUUGCUCCUGUGAAUAUCAGUACAUCUCUUACCGAAACGACUUCCAAUGCAAGCUCAGUGGUGGAUACUCCAAGCACAGCACCUGCCCAUGCAAGUACCACACCAGAUUUUGCGGAUCAACAUGUACCAGAGUCCCCUACAUCGACAGAUGGCUGGGGAGAACUUGAAAAUGGAAUUGACGGAGAGCAUGAAAGUGACAAGGAUGGUUGGGAUGAUAUUGAACCUCUGGAAGAUCCAAAACCAUCUCCCGUUCUUGCAAGUAUACAAGCAGCUCAAAAGCGGCCAGUCUCGCAACCUGUUUCACAGCCUAAACAACAAGCAACAAGUUUGAGACCGAAAAACACAGCCAAGGCUAUCAAAGAUGAAGAUGAUGAUUUGUGGGGCUCCAUUGCCGCCCCAGCACCCAAAACAAUUUCAAAACCUUUGAAUUUAAAAACAAGUGGAGCAGUUGAUGAUGAUGAUCCAUGGGCUGCCAUUGCUGCUCCCCAACCUACCACCAAGGCAAAGCCCCUAGCAGCUGUGAAAGGUCGAGGAACCAAACCUGCUGCUCCAAAACUGGGUGCACAGAGAAUAAACCGGACGUCUUCUUCUGGGGUGUAAAUUAUGCAAAAGAACAAGAGAAAAUUAUGGGUUAAGAUAAAAGAAAUUUGUGUAAAUUUCCCCCCCCCCUUUUGGUGGCUGGUGUUCAUGUUAUAAUAGGACAUUUGGUGCCAACAGGAAUUGCAUUUGCACUUUCUCCAACUUGUUAUUGAUUUGUAAUGAUAUUCUUUUGUUUGUUUCAGUUAGCACAGAAGCAGCCAUCUGUCAUGUAAUUUCUUUCAAGUUCUUUCUUAUGGUGUAAGAUUAGGUGAUAUAGAUGCAGCAGUAAACUGGCUAUCAAUUUUUGGGCCUGUAAAUUUGGGAUUUAAUUUGUCACAUUCUUGUAGUAGUCAAAGCCUUGGAAUUUUUGUGUCUGA